CCCCUCCCGGGGCUCAACCCUGACGCCGCGGACACCUGCCCCCAGGCCCUGCAAGCCCCGCCCCCCACUGGCGGCAGCCGGCCCGCCCACCCACGUGGGCCCUCGGGACUGCGGCGGGGACGGCGUCGGGCCAUGGCCGGCGUCCGCAAGCUGGCGCUGGAAGAGGCCCUGGCGCUGGGGCCUGGCUGGCGGCACGCGUGCCACGCGCUGCUCUACGCGCCGGACCCAGGGCUGCUUUUCGGCCGCAUCCCGCUCCGUUACGCGGUCCUGAUGCAGAUGCGCUUUGACGGGCGCCUCGGCUUCCCCGGCGGCUUCGUCAACUUACAGGACACCAGUCUGGAGGCCGGGCUGAACCGCGAGCUGGUCGAGGAGCUGGGCGACGCCGUGGCCGACUUCCGGGUGGAGCGCGCCGACUACCGCAGCUCGCACGCCGGGCCGCAGGUCGUGGCCCACUUUUACGCCAAGCGCCUGACGCUGGAGCAGCUGAUUGCGGUUGAGAUGGGCGGCCCGCGCGCCAAGGACCACGGACUGGAGGUGCUAGGCCUGGUGCGUGUGCCCCUGUACACCCUGCGGGAUGGUGUGGGAGGCCUGCCUGCCUUUCUGGAGAAUUCCUUUAUUGGAACUGCACGGGAGCAGCUGCUAGAAGCCAUCCAGGAUUUAGAACUGGUGGAACCUGGCUCUCUUACAGCCCGUAAGGUCUUCCCUCGCUGGAGGCAGCCCUCCGUGGACCCACGGCACAGGAGAUAAGGACCUUGGUACUAGAAAAGGGAGGCAGGAGCAGGGAAAGCUUUUUCUUCUGGGCAGGGCCUGACAGAUGAUAACAUUAAAAGAAGUAUAUGCAGUAUAUUUGAGCAGAGCCCCCAGCCCAGCCCCACCCCCACGCCCCUGCAACUCAACUUCUGGGGCAGAACUCUGCAGCUCAUCUCAGGGACCUGGCGCCUUCUCAGAGCCCGCCUCUGCCUCUCUACGUUUGCACACACGCGGCACGGGAGCCCCCAGACAUAUGAAUGUAGAGUCUGUGCCCGCACACGAGCUCACGCCUCCCCGAAACCCCCACGUGCAGUUGAAGCAGGAUGUGGCAUGUGCGGGGCCUAGCCUGUCACCGGAGCCACCUUCAUAUUGGGGAGGAGCUUCUGACCCAGGGGAACAUUUCUCCCCACACUCCAUGGCUGCUCUCCAGGGUCUAGUCCAGCCCAUGCUCACUCGGGAGGACAGAGAAGCAGGGGACCCUUUUUUCCCCAUGAAAAUGGUCAUAUCCUUGCCUGGGUAUUGGCAGAAGCCAUAUACCCCUGACAGGCAGGACGGGGUCCUAACCAACAUCCUGCCCUCUCACGAACCUAAGUGGAAGGGGUGAGAGAAAUGGCCUGGUCUCCUUGGAUUGACCUUGGAUUGGGACUACGUCCUGGCGUGUCGCCUCCAAAGCUGUCAUCUGGGACCCUUUACAAUGGGGACAUCAGAAGGGAAGGGACCCAGCCCUGGUAGAGCCCUGACUUAUAGCUGAAGGGCUUAUAGCCGAGCCUCAAAGCUGUUCAGUUUUGGGGUUUUUUUUCAACAAAUACUCUGUACGAGGUACUGGAGAUCUAGGAAUGAGAGCCAUAGCUCUCGUGUUCCACAGGGUGAAAGGGCUAAAAUGACACAUAUUACAGGCUUCGUGAGCUGUAUUGUCUUUGUAGUAUCUGCUCAGCUGAUACUUUCAUUUCAGAAUUAGCAAUGAACAAUAUGUAGAAAGUUCUAAUAAAACUAACUUUAUGAAAGGAGGUGUCCAGCCUGAGGGCAGGAGUGUGCCAACGCUUGCUCUAGAGAGGAAGAUAAGUCAUCAGUUUAAUUACGAUCCUUGUUUACUUGUUUCACAUAUGUCAAUGCUGAGAAGGAAAUAAAAGACUGAUACAGGUCUCA